GCGAUCAUCCUUGUCCUUCCAGGCACGAGUACCCUUUGAGCCGCAGGCGCGUGUCAUGGAGUGACGAGAUAAGAAGGUCGGUUACUCUUCAUGGACUAUUUUUUCAACCUCUGCUUUUUUUCCCACCAACGCACAGGAUAUGGUUUCGAACAUUAUCUGAGGAUCUACCUCAGUGUGCACCAACACAUAUAGUCUAGCUGAGAUAUUCAGCUGUGGUGGCAUUUUUGUGGUAUUUGCACGCGCGAGAUCUCUAUCUUUGAGGUUCUUUAGACGUUCAAGUCUGCAGACGGGCGAACUCCUGAUCGAGCAUUUUAUUAUAUAGCCAUUUAGGCUUACGCAUUUAGUGCGUGUGGUUUACCAUAUUUAAGACAUUCAAGAAAACAACACUUUGGAAAAACGCACUCGCUGGAUGAACUUGGAAUAACUUAAAAAAAAUAAAAUAAAACUUAAAAAAAAAAAACGCACACGAAAACUUGCAUCCCUGUCCUACGGGAGAGCAUCUACAGAUGAUGGAGCUCCCCGCGGAGCCCCGGUGGAUGAUGCAUUCCCAUCAUUCAGCCUUAAUGGGCUCCUCAGAUUCGGUAUCUCCACACGCUGGUUUAGGACAUCAUUCGGGAUACAUGGAGCCGGGUACCCCGUUAUUACCACCAGACGAGGUGGAUGUGUUUCUCAGUCACUUGGACUCUCAAGGAAACCCCUAUUAUCACACACACGGGUCCCACUCUCACACUCGAGCACGAAUGUCUUACAGUCAAACGCAUGCACGGCUUACGGGUGGCUCAAUGUGCCGACCUCACCUUAUCCACACUCAAGGUCUCUCUAUACUGGACAACAGCAAAUCGACUUUCUCGGCGGCGCAGCACCACAGCACAUGGACCGUCGGCCACCUUGGAAAAGCGGUCCUGCAUUCAACAGGCGCCGACAGCGCAAACACCCUGUACAACGGCACCGGCACGCCUGGCCCAGCCUCGAUGCCCUGCCUGUCAAUGACUCAACACUGCAGUCCCCAGCUCUACUGCCUGCCCCCUACUCCACCCAAAGAUGCGUCUCCCGACCCUGCUUGUACUUCUGUGAGGGACACUGGGAAGUACCAUCUCCAUCUUGUCGACGGGAUGAAGAUGGAGUGCUCCAGUCCAAUCCGUAGCAAUCUGGCACAAACUGCAAAUAUACCUACAUAUUCCGAUUACGCUUUAUCUGGAGUGCACGAGUAUCCAAGCAGUGUGUUUCAUUCCAGAGGUCUGCUCGGGAGCAGCGCGAGCAACAUGACAUCAAAGUGCAAAAGCAAAAGCCGCGCUUUUUCAGGUCGUGAAUGUGUGAACUGUGGAGCUACAUCAACUCCUCUGUGGCGGAGAGAUGGAACAGGCCAUUAUCUGUGUAAUGCAUGUGGGCUCUAUCACAAGAUGAACGGCCAGAACCGACCACUUAUCAGACCCAAGCGCAGACUGUCAGCAUCUAGACGAGCAGGCACGUGUUGUGCCAACUGCCAGACUGGGACCACUACACUUUGGAGACGUAAUGCCAAUGGAGAACCUGUCUGUAAUGCUUGUGGUCUGUACUACAAACUACACAAUGUGAACCGUCCACUUACUAUGAAGAAAGAUGGGAUCCAGACACGCAAUAGAAAAAUGUCAGGCAAACCUAAAAAGAGAAGAGGAGAACACUUUCAGCAAUUUGACAGUUGUGUGCAUGAGAAACCAUCCACCUUCAACCACAUGGCCAACAUGCCCCACCCCUUCAAUAUGACCCAACCAAUACAAUUACAUCCGGCGUUCAGUCACAGCAGCUUGGUCACUGCUAUAGGCUGAAAGACACUUGUAGAAGAUACCAUACUUAAUCAACACAUUAACUGCAUUUUUCAGUUUUAAUGUUCGGGUCAAGGACAUUUUAUUAAUGUUUCAGACUUGGGUUCAAAUGUUCAUUAUGCAGAUCUCAAAAUUCAUUGUUGAUUUAAAAGUUGCACUUUAUUUUAUGGAUUCCUGAAAUGUGAUUUAAACCAACCCAGAAUCCAACUGUAGUACACCAAGAGUUUAAUGAAUUUGCCAGCUUUUCAUUAAUAAUAAAUAUCCCCUAUUUAUACAAAUAUAAUCACAAGUACAAAAACGUUUAUGUCAUCUAUAGCAUUGCACUGUAUCUUAUGUAACUGUGAAGUACGAAGGAGAAGCCCUGCAUUUUAAAAGUCAUAAUAUAAACUAAAUAUUUAGGACUAUCCUUAAACCAUUUGUAAUUCUAAAACUUUUACUUUAAUUUAUUUUUUCUUUGUUAUUUUCAAGCUUUAUAUAUGAACUAGUAUCAAUCAUAUUUUCUGAACACACAUGCAUUAAUUCAUGUAAUACUCAAAAAAUACUUUUUUUUUUACUGUGUACUCAUUUUAAAUUUUAGUUAAUAAAUGAUUUAA